AUGGAUGAAAAGGAAAAAGGCAGCGUUGUCGAGGUGACGUCGGAUAACGACUAUCCAAUUGAGUCUACCGACUUGCUCUUUGAUCUUUUUUUGGAGACUAAGCAGUAUCCAGCGGAGCAACUGGACGCAGACUCUAGACGAGUUAGAAUUAAAACAGAUGUUUUGCUCCUUCCAAUCUUAAUGUUUACGUAUUUGCUUUCGUUCCUUGACAAGCAAACCUUAAAUUACUCCAAUGCUUACGGUUUACAAGCCGACAACAACAUGACGAGUGAAGAUUAUUCAUGGGUUGCAAGUGCAGCAAACUUUGGGUACCUGAUUGCAGCUUAUCCCUUCAACUUCAUUUUGCAACGAUACCCCGUCGGUAAAACUUUGACGGGGCUUGUGUUUAUCUGGGGAAUGAUCUGCAUGGCAACUGCUGGUGUGCAUAACUUUACAGGGCUGUUCAUAGCAAGAUUUUUCUUGGGUAUGGUCGAAGCGGUGAUUGCUCCUGCAUGUAUGGCUAUUACGGCAAUGUUUUAUAAAAGAGAUGAACAAUCAAUGAGAAUGUCUCUGUGGCUAGGUGUGAACGGAAUCGCAAGUAUUCUCGGAGGUUUACUAUCGUGGGGAUGUGGUCACGCGAGUGCAGAAAUUGCACCCUGGAAGCUCAUAUAUCUUGUUGUUGGAACAAUAACUGUUGUUUGGAGCGGAGUUCUCGUUUUCCUACUUCCAGAUUCCCCUAAGAACGCAAAAAUGUUUACUCAUUAUGAAAAAGUUGUUAUCAUGCAUCGCAUUUCCAAAAACGGAAGCGGUGCAAAGAACAAAGAAUAUAAAAGGUACCAGAUCAAGGAAGCCUUUAUGGAUCCUAAGUCUUACUUUUUAUGGUCCAUUCAAAUAGCUCUGGGGCUACUAAAUGGUGGAGUGACAAACUUUCAGUCGUCACUAUUUAAAGGUUUCGGAUUCACUGGAUUGCAAUCCACAAAACUUCAAAUGGUUGGGGGAGCUAUAGAGCUUGUCUCAUGCGUUGCUUUCGGACUAAUUUGCAACACUAUUCCUCAUACAAUUCUGCUAUGCAUAUCCCUUGCCGCAAUUCCAGGGCUUGGUGGACUUAUUGGCAUUACCAAACUGCCACUCAGCAAGAAAUACAGUCUUGCUGCAUGCUGCUGGAUUCAGAAUUCGUUUGGCGCAAGUAUCAUUCUGUCGUGGUCGCUCCCAUCCAUCAAUCUUUCGGGACACACAAAAAAGUCGGCAGUGCUCGGAUUCAAUUUUGUUCUAUACGCAGCGUCAAAUAUCACCAGUCCACACUUUUUUUACGGGAGUGACUCACCACGUUAUUGGAGAGCCUGUAUCGGACUCAUGAUCUGCUAUGGAUGGUUAAUAGCGUGCCCUAUUGCGUUUGCUGGCUACUUGUUCUUGGUGAACCGGUCUAGAGACAAGAAAGGUUAUGCUGUGAUCGAUAGGGAAGAGGUUCUUGCUGGGUUUGAGGACAAGACCGACUUUGAAAACAAAGGGUUUAGGUACCUUUUGUAA